CGCCCAGGUUGACCCGUCAUCCAGCUCUGGUCCCGCGCGUCCCGACCAGAGGACGGGGACACGGUGCGGAGUUCAGAUCGAACGGCGCCGCUCCUGUCGGGUUCUUGGGCUCCGACAUGCCGCGCAGCUUUUUGGUGAAAAGUAAGAAAGCGCACAGUUACCACGAGCACCGGACCUUCGAGGAUGACUGCAGCCGGCUGGACACCAUACUGGCGCACAUCUGCUCAGAAGCGGACGGGGUCCCUGAGGACGCGCACCGGGCCCCUGAGGACGCGCACCGGGCCCCUGAGGACGCGCACCGUGCCCCGGAGGACGCGCACCGGGCCCCUGAGGACGCGCACCGUGCCCCGGAGGACGCGCACCGGGCCCCUGAGGACGCGCACCGUGCCCCGGAGGACGCGCACAGCCCGGCCAUGGACGGACUGGGGUUUUGUCCGGACUCGCACCUGGUUGACGUUGCGGAUUUUUCCCCAAAGUCUCCGCUGAGCUGCACCGAAAGUCUGUGCGGACGAUCCACGGACUACGAGGACCUCUGGAGGCCUCUGUCCCCGUCUGCCUCACCGGUGGAUUCUGAAAAGUCUCUGUCGCCUCUGGUGGACGAGGCUCAGCCCUUCAUGCUUCCCUUCCGGCCCUGCGGCUGGAGCAGAUUCCCCUACCCGGGAGCCGGGAUGCGGCCCCUGGUGCAGCAGGGCCUCCAUCCCGGCGCGGAGGUGGAGCAGGGCCCGGCCUUGGCUUUCUGCGGGAACUGGAGCUGCCGCUCGGCCCUGUGGCCGGAGCGGCCCGCGGGCCGAGCAGAGGAGGAGCCGUACGGAGACUUCAGGAGGAGACACGCUGCUGCUGCGCUCCUCUUCCCCGACGGAGGCCACAGCGCCGAGGGCCCCGACAGCCUGAGCCUCAGCGGAGCCUACAGGUGCAUCAAAUGCAGCAAGGUAUUUUCGACUCCACACGGUUUGGAAGUGCACGUCCGCAGAACGCACAGCGGCACGAGGCCGUUUGCGUGUGAAAUGUGCGGUAAAACGUUUGGGCAUGCGGUGACCCUGGAGCAGCACAAAGCCGUGCACUCACAGGUGACCUUUCACCUUUCAUACUUCCUCCAUAUCUCUGAUUGUGAGAAGCCACACAAAUGCCAGGUCUGCGGGAAAGCGUUCAGCCAGAGCUCCAACCUGAUCACGCACAGCCGCAAGCACACCGGCUACAAGCCGUUUGGCUGCGACCUGUGCGCCAAAGGCUUCCAGCGCAAAGUGGACCUGCGCAGGCACAAGGAGACACAGCACGGACUCAAAUAA